CAGCCUACCACAAGAGAGAGAAAUCUCUCUGUCCUUCCUUAUAUUCCCUCUCUCUAUCUAUCUCCGUGUCUCUCUCUCCAGUUUUCUCACUCGGACUACCAGAGCUAGCGCGCUAGUCUGGGAGGAAGAGAUGAGCUGAAUUGUGGAAGAGAGGACGAGUGAUGGAGUGGGUGAAGGUUCCCGCAACUUUCAAUGGCGGAGAAGAGAGGAGAAGAGAGGAGGAAGUAGAAAGAGGCGAAGAAAUGGGCGAAGGAGUUCUGUACGUGAAGGUGAUGACCGACGAGCAAAUGGAGAUUCUCCGGCGUCAGAUCGCGGUGUACGCGACAAUCUGCGAGCAGCUCGUCGAGAUGCAUAAGGCCGUCUCGGCUCAGCAGGAUUCCCUAGCAGGUAUGAGAUUUGGAAGCCUGUAUUGUGAUCCCUUGAUGACCUCAACCACUCAUAAACUUGCUUCAAGACAAAGAUGGACGCCAACACCCAUGCAGCUACAGAUCCUGGAGACAAUAUUUGAUCAGGGAAAUGGGACUCCCACCAAACAGAAGAUCAAAGAAGUAACGCUGGAGCUCACAAAACACGGCCAAAUCUCUGAAACUAAUGUCUACAACUGGUUCCAGAACAGAAGGGCGAGAUCAAAGCGCAAGCAAAGUUCUGCAGCAACAUCUAUUACUGAGUCCGAAGCCGACACAGAAAGCGAGUCCCGAAAUGAUAAGAGAGCUAAGGCUGAGACUGCCUUGUCGGAGGAUCUGCCCAAUCCUCCUCCUUCAUUACAGUACUCAGAGACUAAUAGAUUGCGAGACUACGCGUCGUUCUUUGAAGCUUCUCUUACAAACCCAAGGACUGAUAACUUGGUGGGGAAGAUGUUUUAUGCAGGAAUUGAUCACUUGAUGGAGAAAAUGGAUGACUCCUGGGAUCUUUAGACAAAUCAAUGACAUUCUGACUUUGAGUAUAAAUAUUACAGACAGAACCAGAAAAAGACAGCUCUGGGAUAAAUCACAGGGCUUUCAUCAAAUUCUUGCAAUUCUGCAAUUUUAAUGUUGUUUUCUAAGAUCUUAAGAAGUUGUGGUUGUUUGUUUACCAAGUCUUAAACUGUUUCAUGGUGUGAUCAAUAUUUUCCAUGGAAGUAA